AAAGCCCAAUAUGACUCCGAAUCCCGGCCCGCCUCGUCCAAAGCAAUCCCUGGUGUAUCCAGCUCGUACCCGCGGCGGCGGCGGCGGCAGCGAUGCGGCUGCUCUCCGGCGCCUCGGCUUCCCGCCUUCCCUCCCCACUCUUCUCACUCCCCCGCGCGAGGCCCAGAUGCAUGCCCACCUCCGCUUCCGCCACCCCCUGCCGGGCCAGCUCCUCGUCAGCCGCGGUCGCGGGCGACGGCGCCGCACGGAAGCCGUGGCUGUUCGUCGGGCUCGGGAACCCCGGUAAGGUGUACCAGGGGACUCGCCACAACGUUGGAUUCGAGAUGAUUGAUGUUAUAGCAGAAGCUGAGGGUAUAUCUCUAAGCAGUAUGCAGUUCAAGGCAAUGGUUGGAAAAGGUCGUAUUGGUGAUUCCCCUAUCAUGCUUGCCAAGCCGCAAACUUUUAUGAAUGCAAGUGGUGAGUCUGUGGGGCAGCUGGUUUCGUAUUUCAAGAUACCACUUAAUCAAGUCGUUGUGAUGUAUGAUGAUCUAGAUUUACCCUUUGCAAAAUUGCGUCUACUGCCGAAGGGUGGGCAUGGCGGGCAUAAUGGGAUGAGAAGCAUCAUCAACCAUUUGAAACAAAGUCGUGAUUUUCCACGUCUAAGAAUUGGCAUCGGACGACCACCUGGGAAGAUGGAUCCUGCGAAUUUUGUUCUCCGGCCUUUCAACAAGAAAGAGCAAGAAGAGGUUUUCUCUAGAAUGCUUUGGAGAUAUUUCAGUUCAGCACAUCGUUCAAUGAGUAGCACAUAACUUGUUAAAACGUGGGGCUUGGAGGCAGUACGAAUAAUGGUACUUGAAGGAUUCAACAAAAGCGCAACUUACGUGAAUACAUCACAAGCAUCUGAAAUGUUAAAUAGAUGAUAAACUGUUCAAUUUGCUCGUACGCCAAAGGGAUUGAUUUGAGGCAGUAACUCCAGUACAUCACAAUGCAGUCAGCUUCAGUUCAUCCAAAUGCUUUGAUGGUGGGUGGCCAUUUUUACUGCAAGGAAACCCUGGCGACUGAAGAGUUCAUUCAAGCAUCUGGUAUCUAUACGAGCAAUUCAAGUACUGUGAAUUCAUGAUCUCUCGGCACUAUGUAUACUGUACUGGUUUGUUUCUUACUUCACAUCUAUACCUUCUACUUUUGAAAAAUGUGAGAACUCCGAACUAAAAUUGGCAUUUUGUUAAAGAGGCUUCACAGUGACUUCGUCUGAA